CCAACGGCCAUUGUCAUUUUGAUCACACAUCAGAUGCCCUGAGCACCAAAUAAAAGAAACUCGUUCCAAGGUAGAAAAGAGCAUAUUUUUGUCAAUAUAUUUACACUGAAGGUUUCUUAAAUCAUACACAGAAAUGGAGGCUGCGAGAAGAAUCCGAAACAAUAUGGAUUAUGAUUUCAAGAGAGGAAGUACAAAGCCUGGUAUCAAACAGACCAAGGGUACUACAAGGACUGCUCUUGGAGAUAUCAGGAAUGUAGCUAAAGAGAGAAAUUUUGAUGUUAAAGCCCAGCAAAGAAACAAGAAAGUUGAAACGCAAAAGUUACUUUCUCGUGAUGCUGGUAAAGAAAAUGAAAAUACUGAUUUGAUGGUGAAAAGAGGAAAAGCCAUGUCAAUUUGUGAAACAUUGCCAGAAAAGGAAGCAAAAAUUGAAGAAGCAACAAAAAAGAAUCACUUAGGAAAAACCGAAGAAGAAAAUGUUGAAAAGGGAAAUGUUGGUGAAGUGCUUGGGCAUUGUAGAGCCAUGUCAGUUUGUGAGAGUGACCCAGUCAUUUUAGGAGUCCGAUCAAUGUCUAUAUGUGAAACAAUUCCUCCAAAUAUCAUAGACAUAGACAAAGAAAGUGAAAAAGACCCAUUCCAGUGUGCUGAAUAUGCUGCUGAUAUCUAUACUUACCUUCGCAAAAUUGAGAAGGUGCUUUGUGCAGGUGAUUACAUGCAAAAGCAAUCUGAAAUAAAUGAGCGAAUGCGAUCAAUUCUUAUUGAUUGGCUGGUUCAGGUUCACAGUCGUUUUGGAUUGCUGCAAGAAACACUUUACCUCACUGUGGGCAUCAUUGACAGAUUCCUGGAGCAUCAAGUUGUGAGCAGAUCAAAGUUACAACUGGUUGGAGUCAGUGCCAUGCUUCUAGCUUCAAAGUAUGAAGAAACAUAUGCACCAGAGAUUGGUGAUUUUGUUUACAUAACUGAUAACUCAUACACCAAAGGAAAUAUUAAAAAAAUGGAGCAACUUAUUCUGAGGACACUUGACUGUGACCUGAGUCAACCACUCUGUCUCCAGUUUUUAAGAAGGAAUUCAAAGGCUGCUGUGGCAGAUGCAAAGAAACACACUCUAGCAAAAUAUUUAAUGGAGUUAACACUGGUCGAUUACAAAUUAUCAAGAAUGCCCCCUUCAAUAAUUGCUGCAGCGUCUUUGUACCUUGCUGGGAAAGUUCUUGAAAAUGCUGAAUGGACAGAUACGCUUGUUUACUAUAGCACUUAUACUGAACAAAGCCUGAUGCCAGUUGUGAAAUCAAUCGCAAAAUUAAUUGCAAAAGCCGAUGUAUCCAAAUUCCAGGCUUCUCGGACGAAAUAUGGAAACAACAAAUUCAUGGGUAUAUCGCAGAUCUCCGAAUUAAAAGGAGACUUGAUAUUCAAAUUAUCCCAAGAUUAAACAGCUAUGGACCAAGCUCACGUGACAUUAUUGAAUUUCAACUGAGUCUAAAGAUUCGUAUCUGAAGAGAGUCUUUGUCAAUAGACACUGACAAAUUGAAACGACUUUUUCACCGGAUUUAAGUUCUUGUCUUUCGACAGUACAUGUAUUAAGGUCGUUAGUUACAAUCAAACUGGUACCAAUUACAGUGUUACCCUUUUUGCUGACGAUGUCCUCUGAUGAAAUGAAAAGCCUCUUUAAAAGGAUGUCCCGUUUCUCCUUUACAUUUAAUGUCAAUGGACUCCUAUAAACGCCGAAAUAGAAUAGUCCCCCAUUUAUUCUUGUCGGCGGGGAAGAUAUGGUAAUCAACUGGUAUCUGUUUAAUUGCGAAUUAUUAUUCAUUUAAAUGCAUUGAUUGUGUAAGUAUUAUAUCUUAUUUUGUAAGUGAAAACUUUUGUAAAUAUUGAUCUUAUAAAUCA